AUGCGGCUCUCCUCGCUGUCGGCCGUGCUCGCCACGGCGUUUGCGUGGACUGCGGCGGCCCAGGACGACUUUAGAAGCAUAACGCUCAAGACGCACACUCUCGAACAACCCUACCUGGACUCUGACAUGCAGAGCCGAUGGUUCGAUUUCGGCGGUGAUACAAUCAUUAGAACGGACUCAUAUAUCCGCCUCACCUCCGAUCGACCUUCGCAAAACGGCUGGCUCUUUUCACGAGUACCUCUCACAGCGACCAACUGGGAAAUCGAGGUCGAGUUCAAGAUCCAUGGCAAGAACCAGCUCUACGGCGACGGCUUCGCCAUGUGGAUCACCAAGCAGCGAGGCCAGCUCGGGCCCGUCUUUGGCCACGCCGACAAGUUCGAGGGCCUGGGGGUUUUCAUCGACACGUACAAGAACAACCGCCCCGGCGUCGUCUUCCCCUACGUCAUGGCCAUGUUUGGAGACGGACAAAAGUCCUACGACAAGAACAACGACGGCAAGGAGACGGAGCUGGCUGGCUGCUCGGCCAGAGGUCUCCGCCACUCGAGCAUCCCCACCAAGAUGCGAUUGACCUACUUCCAAGACAAGAGCCUCAAGCUCGAGCUCCAGUACAAGACGGUAGGCGACUGGCUGGUGUGCUUCGAGGUGGACAACCCCCCCGCGAUCCCCAACAUUGCCUACCUGGGCUUCAGCGCCGAGACGGGCGAGUUGAGCGACCACCACGACAUCAUCUCCAUCUCUGCCAAGAACCUGUACAGCAGCCCGACUGCCAGUGGCCCCGGCAAGGCGAACACGAGGAACCAGUUCAAGGCCAAGAACGACGCAAGCGGCGGAAGCUGGACCUGGUUCUUCACCAAGAUCUUUUUGUUUUUCCUCGUGGUGGGCGGCGGAUAUGCGGGCUUCACCGCGUACAGGUCGAAGACCAAGAGCCACAGAUUCUAG